AUGGCUGCACCCCCGCCAGAUAGCUCUUACACCCCACCUCACACUCCCUUGAUUGAAGAAUCUCCAUUCAUCAGCUCCAUGGAUGAUCUUGAUCCUCAGGCGACCCGGAAACGUCCGCGUCUCGACAGUGGAAGUCGCGUAAGCCCGACCUUGUCGUUGGGUGGAACCUCGCGUACUGCCUCCAUCGCACCUGCCUCAGACAUGGAUGAGGCCUCGGAUUCUGGAAAUCCAGCCAAUAAAGUCACCAUUAACACAAAAUCUCCUCUAUCUCCCAUGGCUCCCAACAUCCCACCCUCCGACCCUGAGCUCUCAGGUAGCGAUCUGGAGCUCCUGCCGCAUACCGAUCCAACUCCCGUUCCUAUUUCACUUUCCUCCUCACCCUCGUCACCCCGAAGUCCUGAAAUCGAAGUUGCUGAACCCGAAGACAUCAAUCAAGACCCAAAGACCUCUAACUGGAAGCCACUGGGCCAUGUGAUGCGGGAUCAAGAUGAGCCCGAAGUGAUAGAGAUCCAAGACGUGGCUCCUCUGUCCGACUCAUUCCCCAAAGUACACACGGAGAUGACAGCUCGAGAGAACUUCAAGGCACUUGGUGAUAUGCUUGAACAUGGACACCCACGGGAAGGCACGGCGCUUACUGCAAUAAAACAAUGGCUUCAUACUUGUGCGUGCGAUCUCGAUCGACUCACAAUCGAGGAAUUUGCGUCCGAUCUAGAUUUCUGGGAAUACCUCCCCAUCGUCCUGGAUCGUCUUUUGCGCAGACAACAAGACCUGCAGUUGGAUGGUAUUGAAGAUCUCUCAAGUUUCUUCGAGCAGUAUCUUCUCGAUUAUGCUCGCAUUGUCCUUCACCUUAUACGCUUGGACACUGCACUUCUCGGGAGCGUCGAAGACAAUGGCAAAGACAUCGAAUUACCUCCCAGCACCUCUCGACGAUACCUUCAGAGCUUCCCUUGGAUGUUCCAUGGUGGGCAAAUUCCAUUUUUCCGGGUUCUAGAAAACCACUCCCGCACCGGAGCUCUCAAUCUUUCUGCUCGACUCAAAGUCCAGGUCUUAGCACCUCCGUUUGAUGCGCCUGACGCACUCAUUCAAUACACUUCACACCUGCUUUCAUUAAUUCCAAAGUGUCCACAAAUCGUCAUGAUGCUUCCAUGCGCUUUGGUCAACAUGCUCGCCUUUCUUGAAUGCGACGCGGAGAGGAAUCAAAAUGAUGAUACUGAUUCUCCCGUUGACCUCCCUAUCGAUUCGACCAGUCUUCAGCCCUUUUACGAAACGGUUCGAGAAAUUGACAAAAUGUACCAGUCGUUUGUUGCAAAGAAAUCGCAACUAGCUACUAGUGAAUCGAGCGACAACCUUCUGAACCCAAUAUUCCGCAGCUACCGUUUCCUUUGCCUCAAUUACUCGGAAUUUCUUCUCCAGCUUGCCCAGGAAUUGUCGAUUAAAGUACCCGAGGAGGCAGAUGCAGAGCAAGCCGCUUUGUGUGUCAUUUGGACAUGGAAAUUCGAUUUCUUGAAAAAGCAAAUCAUGGAUGGUCGAAUGGAGCUUCGAGUCCAUGGUGUGGAAAUGAUGCAAUCGGAUCUGGUCAGUAUCUGGGGUCAAAAUGUAUCUCAGAACCGCGAAGGGAUUGAGAUGCCGUUCUUGAAAUACCUGGUGGAAUAUCUUCGGGAAAACAAGAUCCUCGAGUAUCUUGUGGGCAUUGACUCACACCCACAGUUGAUCAGCCGCAGCAGUAACAUCUUUGGAUUUCUGAUUGUGACGGGGAAUUAUACCGAUCAUGACACGGAUGUUAUCUGGAAAACCGUCACUGAGAGCCAAGAUGAUCGCACUGUUUGUGAGGUCAUGUCCAUGCUCGCACGAACCUUUGCUAUGCAUCCUUCCAGAUCUAAGGCAUUGCUCUAUGUAUGCUCAAAAUUACUCGAGUUUCCCUUGAAUCGGUUCGACAGUCGCAUAAUCGAUUUCUGUGAGCAGUUGGUGCCUCGUAUGCGCGAUAGGGACCAUCGCAGCAUGUCCGAUGAGGAGCAUAUUGAUUCCAUUCCACUGAAACUUUGCAUCCGCCUAAUCCGCGAGAGCUCAGGGGCGAAGGACCUGCCUCUGGAACAAAAGGAACUUAUGCAGGGAUUUGGAACCGAGCAGCUGGGACAGUUCAUUAAGGCGGGACUCAACGAAACCGACAUGGCAGAGACAUAUGAGCGGUGCAUUCAAGACAUUGGAGAGAUGAACGAAUGCACUGCGGGUAGCAUUCAAGUGUUGAACGCACUAGUACCCCGUGAUGACGCACGAGAGCUUUGGAAACUUGCGACUGACUUCGACUUGACGCGCUUGGUGAUAAUUGAACUUCACCAUCUGGUUAGUCAAGAAAACGAUAAGCUCAAGGACCCAUCUUUCAAGCAUGGCUUUUCGUCGCGGGUGGAAAUCCUGCGGCGUCUUAUUGAUCUGGCACCAGAAACUAUCACGCCUGAUCUCGGGAACACACUCUGGAAAGAUAUUUUCAUGUCCGAGAAUCUGGCUGCCGAAGAGCGCCAAAUGAUUUGGAAAAUGAUGGUUGACCUUACCAACCGUACCACCAAAGAGAACCCUUUCCUUGAACUCUGUAUUCAUGAGUAUCUACCAGGUGUGCUUCCGAAGGACUACUCGUGCGAAGUAUUGUGGUUCGCUCAACAGUCCGUCCACUAUGAGAUUCGAAUCAAAUCACCUCCCAUUGCCGGAGAAGAUGAAGUCAUAGCUAUUCCUGGGAUGGAUAGAAUCUGGAACUUCAUAUUGAGGGCACCUCCACAAUCGAUCGAAGCCGAAGCCAUUAAGUUCGCCAUCGAUAGCUAUUUGGACCACGGCAUCAUUCGCAGAUCCCCCAGAUCGGCCAUUGACGCCACCCAUAUUGCUCUUGUCAAUCGCUGCGUGGACCAACUGAAGUCUGCUGCUGUCGCGUUGAAACCGCCUUGCAAUGGAACAACCAAUAGUGAUGUUUCUAUGGACACAGACAAUUCCAGUGGUGAUAUUGGAAUCGAUGAACUCAUGUUCAGCCGGUCUCUGCAUUUCCUUCGUCAAUUGCUCCAUGGAUUGCGAACUCGGCCGCAGUACAGUUCCCCUCGUGGGUCUCCGCCUACCCUCCCGGAACGUCCCUUGAAAGGAGAGCCGAUUGAAUUUCGUUAUCAAUGUUUCAAUGGUACUUCCACGUCCAAAAUCUGCUCAAAGCGCAUUGGUGGUCUCUCCACGGCUGCUGAGCUGGUGGAAAUACUCGUGCAGCUGAGUCGAUUCUCCAAGUUUACUGCUAUCCUCGGUGGACAGAAGGUUGAGUUGCUCCAAGAUCCGGAGGCACUUGUGAAAAACUUGAAGCUCUCUUCGGGUCUUCUCAUUCUUCGAAAGGCACCUGACGCUCAUGAAAUUACGUGGGCCGGAAGACGACAGUCUCUAACAGCAGUGGACAAUGAGGUGCUGAAGCACUUCGAUGAGUUGUAUGAUCUACUUGACCUCAAGGAUGACUUGGCUCGACAGAUCAUUGACUUCCUGGUUGUCUUCCCGCCUCAAGUGCGGGCUCUCGAACUUGUUCGAUCCAACCGCAAUACUGAGAAAGACAUGUUCCCAUUGCAAAGACCAUUCAAAGCAUUGUACUCCUUGAAUACACUGUCAAUGUGUCUCCACGAGGAGGCCGCAGAGAUGUCUCCAGACCAAACUUUUGUGUCUCAUAGCAACCGGGUUUUGAUUGCUUUCCUGACGUCGGAUGAACUGUUUAGCUCUCUCUCUGGUAACUCGAUCAGUACUGUGCUCGCUACUAGAGCCAUUGAAUGUCUUCUGCAGGCUAUAUCUGUGUACCGCCCGACUGACGACAAGUCCGCUCUUAUUUCCGAUCCAGUGUCUUUGGUCCGACGGGUUCUUGACCUGCUUGAAAUUGGCCGUACCACUCCUGCAGAUCCACCGGCUGGUACAUGCGCCCAAAGUUUGACCUGCAAUUCCUUUGCUGUCCUAGUUGAGGCCUCAUUGCACGACAUUAAUGUCUGGAAUGCCGUUAAACAGCUCGCGCAGUUCGAUAGCCUGAUCCAAUCUCUACUCCUGGAAGAAAAUCGGAAGCCCAUCCGGACUGAUAUUUUGGAACGCUUGAAGAUAAUCUGCGGCCCACUGAAACCGUUCAAACUGUCAAUAAAAAAGCCCGAUACGGAAUCUCCUACAGCGGAAAACCCCAACCGGAUUGACAUGCUUGCGACUCUUUGGUCUUCAUUUUUACAAGUAAUUCCUAGGACUGUUGACUACGUUCCUCAGUCGGAAGAGUUUUUCAACGCUGCUUUGUGGAUGUUCCGCGCAGUUGCACAGAAAUCACCUGGGGACUUGAUCUUCAACGAGUAUCUUCAACAAUGGAGUGCAGUCAUGCUGAGUCACCAAACAGAAGAGUUUGUUGGGCGUGAACCGGCGGAUAAUUUAAUCAUCGGGUUUUCUGCUUUGUUAGAAUGGUGUCUGGAAUUGGCCAACUCGGCAGGUGUCACUCUAGACAGUUUGAACAUCGCCGAGCAAAUAUUCAACCAAUACCUGUUCCCAGAUUUCUCUCCGGACACGGUGGAGCAUGCAGUCCCUCGGGUUCCAGUCAUGCACAGCUACACUCGCUCAACCCUUUACAAUGUCGUGAACUUGUUGUGCAAGCAGAGCGAUGCGACCUAUUGUGAAAUUUUGGAGCUCCUAAACACAAAUGUUCCACGAGACUCCCCUUAUCUGGAAUAUGGCUAUAAUAGGCAGCUAAUGCUCCGAUCCCCGGAAGGCUAUGCGGGCCUCAAGAAUCUCUCAAACACAUGUUAUCUCAACUCCCUUAUGACGCAACUCUUUAUGAAUAUUGAGUUCCGAGACUUUAUUCUAAAUCUCCCCAUCGCUGAUCGUGUCUCCCAAAAGCUACUCUAUGAAACCCAACGACUAUUCACAUGGAUGCAAGAGACUUGGAGCAAGAGCAUUGAACCCUCAGACUUUGUGAAAAGCAUUCUCACAUACGACAACGAGGAGAUUGAUGUAACCGUCCAGAUGGAUGUUGAUGAGUUCUAUAAUCUUCUCUUUGAUCGCUGGGAGGCUCAGGUUCUCGACGCCGAAAAGAAAAAGCAAUUCAGGUCUUUCUAUGGAGGGCAGCUUGUUCAGCAAAUCAAGUCAAUGGAGUGCGAUCAUAUCUCGGAAAGACUUGAGCCAUUCUCAGCAAUCCAGUGCGAGAUUAAGGGAAAGGCGACUCUUGAGGAUAGCCUGCGAGCCUACGUUGCAGGCGAAGUGAUGCAGGGAGAUAACAAAUACUCUUGUACCUCGUGUGAACGGCAUGUCGAUGCUGUCAAGCGUGCCUGUCUGAAAGAUGUUCCUGACAACUUGAUCUUCCACCUGAAGCGUUUUGACUUCGACAUGGUGCAUAUGUUGAGAAGCAAGAUUAAUGACGAGUUUCAAUUCCCUCGGCACAUUGACAUGACUCCCUACACCGUCGAGCAUCUCUCUCAUCCAGAGCAAACCAUUGCACCGGAUAUUUUUGAAUUGGUUGGAGUUCUUGUGCACACGGGAACAGCCGAAUCGGGUCAUUACUACUCAUAUACCCUUGAGCGCCCAUCGUCAGGCAGCGAGGCAAAUUGGGUCGAGUUCAACGACUCUGAUGUCGGUAAAUUUGACCCAAGUACAAUUGCAGCUCAAUGUUUUGGUGGUCCGAGUGAGACUAUGCAGUACAUGAAUGGAGCCCCCAAGAACAAAGUGUGGAAUGCGUACAUGCUGUUCUACCAACGCGUGUCCACGAUCAAGAAGUGCAAAGAAGUCUUCAAACCAACGAAGCCUGACAUCCCUGUACACCUUCCGGUGUCAAUUUCGACCCAAAACUACAUUGCCAUGGACAACGAAAUGCUAACUCGGAUUUACUGUCUACUGGACCCACAAUAUGCAUACUUCGUGGGCAGAUUGCUUCAGCGGUGGCCCGACAUGGCAACGGAAAACCCUAGCAAGACUAUAGCGGAGUCAUUGGCCAUCAAUGUUGGGAUGGACACCAUUGAGCAAUUGGUUACGCGUACCAAGUAUUUCCAAGGACACCAGGAGGUUUACAGUGAACUCGUUGAUAUGAUCAACAAAAGCCCCAAUGCGGCUCAAUCGACGCUUGAGUGGGUUAUUAACCGGCAAACCUCAAUGUACAAUCUUGUGAUCAAGACGCAGAGCCCGGAGAUCCGAAGUAAGGGCAUUUUGCUGGUCAAUAAUGCCCUAAAACAUCUCCACUCGAUGUCGACAAGCGAAGACCUUAUUGAAGAGGAACGGAUCUCAUGGCGCGACAGAUUCGAUGAAGCCAUUCAGCAAAUUGUGCCUAUGUUGACAGGUCUCUGGACUGAAGUUCAAUCCGCUUUCCGAGUCUGGGAUGACUACUUCGGCUUCUUAUUGAAGCUUUGCAACUAUGGCCCGGAGAUCAUUCAGGUAUUACUCGACCAAGGCCAUUUUGCUGUCUGUAUGGAAAUUCUCUGGAUCGACGAAGAAGAUAGAAAGAAAUUGCGGAUACGGUAUCCCAAUUACGUGCGCCUCUUGAACAAAGGACGCCGGUUUAAUCACCUGAUUUUGCUCUCAUUGUGCUUAGUCUUUUUUAGGCACAUUGACCUUUCGCUCCGCCCAACCCCCAUCGGCGUACAACGGCGGGUUUUGAAUGGGAGGUUCUCAGCGAGCACCAAAGAAGUGGAACUCAUCAAGCCCACCGAAACUGAUGGAUCCUUGUCGAUCUUGCUCAAGCUUCUGAAGCAUGAGACUCUCGCCAGGAGCCAAACUACCCGUGCAAUCCUUGGAGUUCUGUUAGACGGAGAGCCUGAUGCAGGUCUGCUGGAAUCGAUUCAACUGACACUGGAGAAUGGCGUCAGACUCGAACCCGCCAUCCAGUGUACACCAUUCCUGGAGGCAGCCACAACGUUCUGCCAGCGUUGCCCGGACAAGGCGGGAGUCAUUGAAAUGAUCGACUUCGUUGCCAAGGGUGUCGAAAGCAUUGACAAUAGCGGCGGCCAAGAGCAUAUUGACUUCUUCAUGCGUCUUUGCCGCAGUACCAACCAGCGGCUGAAUAUAAACUCUGCCAAAUUUACCGAGAUUAUGCUUGAGAGUAUUUCGGUUUGGGCCCCGACCUUGCUCAUUGACAAGGACGAGACUGUCCGUCGCAAUAUGCACAGUAUCCUCAACGAGAUGCUCUUCAACAAUAAUAUUGUGGAGACCAACCGAGAGGACUCCGAACAGAAUGGCGAAUGGCAGACCACUAUCACACCAGAGCGACGCCAUAGCAUUUGUCGUCAGCUGCCGAACGCCUGCAUUGAGCGGCUCAAGUCGGCAUUCCUAACCGAUCAGAUCAGUCAUAUCGACGCCAGGCUGCUUGACAAUAUUACUCCGGUAAUCAACUAUUGUUUGGCUACGGUUUAUGACGACUCUGAGACGGACCAGCAAGAAGCUCAACAGAUCACUGGUAUGUCUGAGGCUACACUGUAUUCUUGUAGCACCACUAACACAAUCCUCCCAGAAAUCCUCUCUCUCCUUAAAUCGAUGUCACUUGAAAAAGUCCCCGAUGACCCGCCUUCCGGUAUGCUACAAUCUCUAUCCCUCCUAAAUGGCCCUGGAACAUCCCCUAACUCGAUCCCCCUAGAAUCGGACGUGGCCUCAGUCGAGGAAUGGGAUGCAAACUCCGUUAUCGCAAGCGAUUCCGAAAUGGGAGUCGCCGGGUCUCCUUAG